UAGGCAGGCCUUUAUUCUCUCUCUCCUCUCUUCUCUCUCUUUAGAAAUGGAGUCCUAUAAACACUUGUUGAGCACAGAAGGAUGUAGCAGCAGUGAAUCAGGGUGGACUACAUACAUUGCCUCUCCCAUGGAAGAAGAUGAACCUCAAUGCAGUUAUGAUGAUGUUGAAUACAACUAUAAUAGCAUUACAAGUCACACAAGCAUUCAAGAGAUUGACAAAGACGACAAUGGCAGUGAUGAUUCAAUGGCUUCGGAUGCAUCCUCUGGCCCAAGCCAUCAUCAACACCACCUUGUCUUGCCUUCACGCAGUAAAGAAUGUAAUCCAGGCACCGCUCGUUUCAAGCGCGAUAGCAAGCAAUCGAAGAACAAGAACACAAGCAAACAAGAGAAGAAAAGGGGUGAAAAGAGUACCAAACGGAAGUGAGAAGUCGAUGCAGGCUCAAGAAGUGAUGGAGGCACAGAUACGAGUCCUGCUCAUAGAAAAGACUGCAAAUUAUAGUUGUUUAUUAAGACUAUAAGCUUGCAAAUGAGAAGAAGAUGUAUAUUCUUUCUUUGUAUUCAGAAACAGAAGCAUAUAUACUCUUUUUUAUUUCUGAAAAUUAUUGAUGAUUCAUGCCACGUACUUAACUGUUCUACAAGGAAACAAAGUGA